AUGGUGUCCUCGUCCUUGUUCGCCUCGUCGGCGGGUCCGGUGCGCUCGUUCGUCGACGCGUUGCCGCUGCCGUCGCUGCCGUCGUCGAUGCUGCAGUGGACCGUCGGAGUCUCGCCCUUGUCGACAAAUACCGAGGUCGUGUCGGCGCUCGCGGUGUACCUCGCCGUCAUCUUUGGUGGGCAGUACCUCAUGCAGGACCGCAAGGCGUUCCGUGAGUCGUGA